AUGAAGAUUUUUAUACUUACCUGUUUACUGGUCUGUACUUUAGCCGAACCGCCAGUUGGGGAUGGCUAUGCUGCGGCACGAUCUGGUCACAGUCACGGAAAUGAUAUUCAACGUGCCCUAUCUCAAGAAUAUGGUGUUCCUGAAGUCAGUACUCGAAACCAAAAAGAUUAUCCAGCAGUUAGCGUUAGGUCUCAAACACUUUCAUCCUACAUUCCGUCAUCGAGAACUUUAUCCCAAGAAUAUGGACCACCAGCUAGAUCAAGUCUGUCUCAAAAGUAUGGUACACCCAAUUUCAGAUCUAAGGUUUCUCAAGAAUAUGGCCUGCCUAGUAUAAGAUCUCAGCCUUCCAAAGACUAUGGAGUUCCCAUUUCAGGUGCUUUGUCCCAGCAAUAUGGAGCUCCUGACUCUCGUACCACAAUUUUCACAGAGUAUGCAACUCCUUUAAGCCAAUCCCAUAGUUACGAUCUUCCUAGUUCCAGGCUUUCCCAAGAAUAUGGUGUACCACAAUUACGAUCUGAUGCACAAGAAUAUAGUACUAUUGGAGACUUUCCUUCUGAUUCUUACGGCACCCCUCUUCAAAGAUCACCCUCAAAUUUAUAUGGGCAACCCCAAUUCAGCUCAACUCCAUCUGAAGAAUAUGGGGUACCGUCUCAAAGGAGUUUUGGUCAAGCCCCGUCUCAACAAUACGGAGCACCGAGCUCAAGGAAUAUUCAAAAUUACAACUCUUUACCUUUAGACAGUCUGUCUAAGCAUUCGACUCGUUCUAGAAAUUUACAAUCGUCAUUCGGCACGAGAACAUUUUCCUCAAGUUUUGGAACACCUCGUUCGCCAUCUUCUCAAUAUGGACUACCGAAUGCAAAGAAUGCUGACUCUUACUUACCAAGCUCAAAAAGUAUUUCCCAUUCCUACCUUCCAAGUUCAAGAGCCGUCUCACAAAACUAUGGUGUGCCAAAUGAAAGGAGCUUAGCAUCUGAAUAUGGAGCGCCUGAAGCAAGAACUAAUUUGAGAACAAACGUUUAUACUUCUUUUGAUAAAACUAGGUCAACCUCAUCACAUGGCAAGUAUGAUGCCAGAGAUUUGAUGCCAUCUGACAACUAUGGAGUCCCUGAUCAAUAUAGCGCUAUUUCUAACCAGGGAUACAGUUAUGCUAGAAACGCUCUGGACGAAUUAUUAAAUCAAGAACCAGCUAACUACGACUUCGGCUACAAAGUCAGUGAUUACGAGAGUGGCAGUGACUUCGGACACUCUGAGACCAGGCAAGAGAACAAAGCAGAAGGGUCGUACUUUGUUGUUUUACCCGAUGGCACCAAACAGACUGUUGAAUAUGAAGCCGAUGAGCGUGGUUUUAAGCCAAGGAUCUCAGUGGAGCCAGUUGAAGCGAGGUCUGGAUAUGAUGAUAACGCAGCUGACCUCGCCCGCUCCGUUGGACCUUAUUGAAAUGGAAAGACGAUUUUGGCUUACCAUGACUGAAAAAUGCUAUGAUAUAAAAAGUUUUCGUCUAAUCGAGUUUUUGCCUUUUGAGAUUUCUCAAGAACUUUUCAUGCCGUUAUCUAAAUAGUUAUUGAUAUUUUUAUCUAUCUGCCUUCGAUUUCUGCUUUUUCUAUUCAUAAUACUAUAAAAAACUGCUUUGACGAAAACCUUUUUAGAAAUACUCACUUAUUUAUUCUUUAGAGCAAAACCGAAAAUGUAUUAAAAAAAAAGUACCUCAUAGUUAUUAAGUGCUUGUAAGUAGGUAAUUAUACUUUAGCAGCAAAUAAAAAUGUAAUUAAAAGAAA